CUCCCUCCUCGACCCUUCGCAGUGAGCAAAAGAAAGAGAGAGGGGGAAAAAAUAGGCUUCUCUCCAUUCUCAGUAGAGAGAAAGAGUGGAAGAAAUGGAAUAAAAAUAGAAAGAGAGAUCUGGGGUAGCCAAAAAGAGGUUCUUUCCGCUUUGGUUCUUCUCGUUGUUUUCUUUUUUGUUUUUAGAGAAAUCACGGUCGGAUUUGGAGUAGACUCGUGAUAUCUUUUCUUCCAAAGUCUAACCCAAACAGAGAGAAGAGAGGGUCGAGCUCACGAGGCGGCUUCUGGAGGCUGGAUUGCUCACGGAUCGAAUUAGUAGCUUCUCCUGUUUAAUUCAAGCUUAGGUGAAGUUGGAGAACAUGAGAGUUUUCAGCCUUGAAAGCGUGAUAGAGGAGUUUGAGACGCUGACGAAGGAUGCCGGCCACGUCCAGAGAGAGACCCUUCGAAAGAUUCUCGAGCAAAAUGGUGAUGCAGAGUACUUGCAGAAUUUGGGCCUUGGAGGAAGAACUGACCCCGAGAGCUUUAAGGCUUGUGUUCCCUUGGUCACUCAUGAAGAUUUGGAGCCCUAUAUUCGAAGGAUCGUCGAGGGGGAGGUUACUUCGCCCAUUCUCACUGGGAAGCCUAUAACAUCGAUUUCGUUGAGUUCCGGCACCACACAAGGAAAGCCCAAGUUCUUGCCAUUCAACGAGGAAUUAGUUCAAUCCACCAUGCAGAUCUAUAGGACUUCAUUUGCUUUUAGAAACCGUGAAUAUCCAAUUGGCAAUGGAAAAGCUCUUCAAUUCAUCUACAGCAGCAAGCAGUUCAAAACAAAUGGGGGCCUCACCGCUACAACCGCCACAACAAAUGUGUACCGGAGUGAACAAUUCAAAUGCACGAUGGAGGAUAUCCAGUCUCAGUGUUGUAGUCCUGAUGAAGUUAUAUUUAGUCCGGACUUCCACCAGUCGUUGUACUGUCACCUUCUAUGUGGACUAAUUUACUCAGCUGAAGUGCAGUUUAUAUCUUCCACGUUUGCCCACAGCAUUGUUCAUGCAUUUCGAAUGUUCGAGCUGGUCUGGGAGGAUCUUUGUAGUGAUAUCAGACAUGGAGUUCUCUCCAGCAGAAUUACUGUCCCAUCUAUCCGUGCAGCUGUUUGUAAACUUUUAAGUCCAAAUCCCACACUGGCAGAUUCCAUAUACAAAAAAUGUGUGGGUUUAAGUAGCUGGUAUGGUGUGAUUCCAGAACUUUGGCCCAAUGCCAAAUAUGUCUAUGGCAUUAUGACAGGAUCCAUGGAACCAUAUUUGAAAAAAUUGAGACAUUAUGCAGGAAGCUUACCACUGAUGAGUGCUGAUUAUGGUUCUUCGGAGGGAUGGAUCGCUGCAAAUGUGAACCCUGGACUGCCUCCAGAAUUUGCAACCUUCGCAGUGCUUCCCAACAUUGGGUACUUUGAAUUUAUUCCUCUGGAGAGACCUGAGGGGCAGGAGCUGGAGAAUAGCAACUCCGUUCACUAUAUAGAAUCAGAGCCAGUUGGUCUUACAGAAGUUGAGGUUGGCAAAGAGUAUGAAACUGUUCUCACCACUUUUGCAGGUUUAUAUCGGUACAGGCUGGGGGACGUCGUAAAGGUAGCAGGAUUCCAUAAUUCCACACCUGAGCUGCAAUUUAUAUGCCGAAGAAGCCUACUCCUAUCCAUCAACAUUGACAAAAACACAGAGAGAGACCUGCAGCUGGCUGUGGAAGAGGCAAGCAAACUCUUAGCAGCCGAGAAGCUCGAGAUCGUGGAUUUUACGAGCCAUGUCGAUCUCUCCACAGACCCUGGCCACUAUGUGAUCUUCUGGGAGCUGAGCUCUGACGCCAGCGAGGAGGUUCUGAGCAGCUGCUGCAAUUGCUUGGACCUGGCGUUUGUGGAUGCAGGCUAUGCUAGCUCAAGGAAGGUGCGUGCCAUUGGACCACUGGAGCUCCGUGUACUCAGGAAAGGAACGUUCCAGAAGAUUCUAGAUCAUUAUCUAGGCCUCGGGGCUGCAGUGAGCCAGUUCAAGACGCCACGCUUCGUGGGCCCAUCAAACAGCAACGUCUUGCAGAUCCUGUGCAGGAAUGUUAGCGAGAGCUAUUUCAGUACUGCCUAUGGCUGCUAAAAGCUGUGUACUAGUCCUAGCAAAAAAAAAAAAAAAAAAAAGCUGUGUACUACGCCCUCCUGUAAUCAUAUUACUCUGUAUGCCCUGUUAGCUUCCUUGAACCUUUCAAGAGCUUGCUGUAAGGGGAAAUAAUUCCUAUGUUAGUUUUCAGGUGUGAUUCUGUAAAAUUGGAGGGACAAUUAAUAUGUUACUAGGAUCUUGGUGCAUGUCGAGCUUAUAAACGACUCAACGUAUGUUUAAAGAA